UCUCCAUUUUGUGCUCAGUUCGCUUUAGUUCGUCGCGCGUCGUGGAAGCUUCGCGGCAUUGAGAAAGAGAAAAACGUUGAUAAUAACAAUGGAGUUGUUUAUAAAUCAUUAAUAUUGUAAAUUCACAUUAGUUUUUGCUUUCUUAAUUACUAUGAUAAUCUAACCGGUUGAAGCGAGCGUAGGUUGGUGAUCAGAGUGUUAUACGGAAAUUCCCUGGAAGCACAAUAUAUAUAUAUUAUUGUACAAUUGAUGAUUUUGAAAGAUUUGCCACUGUGAACUUCCCAGAAAGCUAUCAUUAUCGAGGUGCAGUGUGUGAAUGAACCAUAUUAUAUGUAUUUCAAUGGAUUGGCAACUCAGAUUUCAGGUUUUGCAAGAGUCUUGGCAUUUUUAAAGGCCAUAAAUGCAACAGAGUUUUGCGAAAACGUAUUCGAUGUAUUCAUUUUUGUGACAAUAUUCCCGGGUACUUGUCAUCCAGUGUUUAUCAACAACAACAACACCAACAACAAAAGCAACACCAACAACAAAAACAACAACGACAGCAAAAAUCAAGUUUGCGAAGCAUUUAAAAAAACCCAACUCAGCAAAUACUUUAAAGAGAACCGCGUAUCAAUGCGUUUAACUGUUGAAGCUGUCUUGCAUACUGAGUAUCGGAGGGUUUAACACAAGUUACUAUCAGUAACAUAUAUACAAACAUAAAUAUAUAUAUAUAUAUAUACAAAUCUAGUCAAAUACAGAGUUUUGUGAAGGUUUUUCAACUUGCAAAGUGACAAAAGAUAUUUACUAACAAUUCUGAGAAGUAAAAACAACGUUGAGCAGAACAAACAACUUGAUUGAAGCAAAUAUUCUAUAUACAAAUAUCGGCAUAUAUAUAGCCUAUAGAGCACACAAAAUGCAGAAGAAAAUCCAUCACAAAAGUGGAUCCCUCUACUGUGGCGUCACAUUGAUUGGCGUCGUAUUUUUAGUUAUAUUCCGCCUGUUACCCGGAACUUCCUUCGGAGUCCAUGCCUUAGGAGAGGAAGUUAACUAUCGUGAACGCAAUGGAAUCCACACGAAAUGCAGUUUCUUCGACACUGUGAAUGUGACGGGAUUUCCCUCGUUUCCCAAUGGUAGCUACAGUUAUGAGGGAGUUAUGAUACCAAGUCACUAUGUUGGCACCUUUGACUAUAUAUACACGGAUCUGGUGGAUCGAGUUGAUGUGGCACCGCACACCCGUGCUUGUAUCUGCAAACUGAAGCCCUGUAUAAAUAUCUGUUGUCCCUGGGGACAAAUUUUCAACACCACUGAGUGCCAGAAGGAUACAAGCACAGAUCAUGUGUGGCCGGAACCAGUAAUAAAUAUAACACUUAAGGAUGGAUCUAUUCAGAAUGUAAACAUGUAUGAAAAAUUUGUGGUGCAGAGCUUUAGACCCUGCUCAGAGAUGUUCUCGCUGAUCCCGCAGUUGAACUACUAUGAUACCUACAAGAUAUUUGAGAAUGGUACAUUACUACGCGAAGAUGACGAGCAAUAUAUGUCUAAGAAUGAGUACUGUAUGGUGCCCACAUUUGUCAAUAGAACGGAUCUUUAUUACAUCAUUAAUCCCGCCAACUGUGACAUGUUGAACGAAAACACAACGGUGAAGAUCAUCAAUGGAUUCGCUAUGCUUUUUUCCAUACCCUUUAUGCUGCUCACGAUUGCCGUGUAUCUGCUGAUUCCGGAACUUCGUAAUCAGCAUGGAAAGUCAUUGGUCUGUUACCUGUUGGGUCUGACAUUUGGCUAUAUUCUAUUGUGCUGCGUUCUGCUGGUUCAGAACUUAGAUCCUGAAGGACCGUCCUGCAAGAUUUUCGGCUAUACGGCUUAUUUCUUCUUCAUGUCCGCCUUCUUCUGGUUGAACGUGAUCAGCUUCGAUCUGUGGCACAAUUUCCGAGGCACACGCGGCAUUAACCGAUUCCAGGAGAAGAAACGCUUCCUCCUCUACUCACUCUACUCAUGGGGAUCGGCACUGAUCUUCCUUAUCUUUACGUUUCUGGUGCAGGAGUAUUCGGAUUGGCCAGUGUCACUGAAACCUGGCAUUGGAGGUGGACUGUUCUGUUGGCUGGACAUGACAAAUUGGUCGGCAAUGCUUUACUUCUUUGGCCCCAUACUCAUUAUCAUUGUAGCCAAUACUGUAAUGUUCGUGAUGACGGCCUUUAAGAUUCACGGCGUGCAACGCGAGAUGGCCAGGAUUAUAGCGAGAGAAGACAGCACAAAGAAUCUGCGCACUGAGAAGGACAAAUUCGGACUGUUCUUGCGGCUGUUUCUGAUCAUGGGCGUUACCUGGUCCUCCGAGAUCAUCUCCUAUUUUGUGGGCAGCGACAAGAAGUGGUCGAAGAUCUUCUACGUCUCGGAUCUGUGCAAUGCGAUGCAGGGAUUCCUCAUCUUUAUGCUCUUUGUGUUGAAGAAGAAGGUUAAACACCUGAUAUCGAACAGAACGGUGCGGGUGCGUAGUCUGCACCAAACGGAGAGCGUCACAGUCGCCGGAAGCAGCUACUCGAUGCGACAGCGAUUCAUGGAUGCCUCGAAUCACAUACGUAAGCUGGUCGUCAUACGCAAUGCAUUUGCCAACUCGACGAGUGCAGUUCACUCCCAUGACGUCUAAGCUAGAAGGAAGGACUGCCAACUCUUGAAGCAAAAGUCACCAAGUUCGAGUCAAUCGACCUCAACGAACUCAACAUCAAUCGACUUAAAUUCGCAACCGGAUAAGUUAAAAAUGAAGUCAUCCUUCCAAGGCAAUGGCAAAAGGUCGCCAGGUACAGCGGCUGUCAUCAAUCCUAAGACUAGAUCAAAUACAUAAAUCAAUCAAAAUAAAGAAAAGAUGCUCGAGUGCUCGCGAGGGAAGCCAUCAACGUCAGAGUCAAUAUUCUACGAAGACAACGUCCAGCAGUGUGGCAAAUCUUUCGCUGCAAGAGAAGAGUUCCGCGGAGAAGCCUUUAGUGUCAUCUCUAGAUCAACAACAACAGCAACAACAACAACAGCGCACCACCAAUUUCCGUUGAGUGGGUCUAGACUCUAGAAUUUAGACCACGUCGUGCUUAUCAUCGAAUAGCUGGGAUCCAGUGCCCCUUCCUAGCAGCCAUAUUAUAUCGUAGACUUAAAAAAAGACACUACUUCUACAUAAUUCUACUACUAAUAUAACUACAUGCAUAUCUAAUUAUCUGUAUAUGUGUGUGUGUGUGUAUUGUGAUGUUGUUAUCAUUGUCUUAUUGCCAUAUUAUAUGGCAGUGAUUAUCUGAAAUUAUUUUAUCAGUCUACACUCUCUAAAUAUACAAAUCUUUGUUAAUCACAUACUCAUGCACAUAUAUAUCUACGUAUGAAUUAUGUAUUCACCUAAAAUAAAAUACUAUUUUAUGUCAAUUUUUAAUAAAAAGCCAAAGAAACCAGUCACUGCACUAUCGAA